AUGAGCGCAGGCGAGUUUGGCCAGGAACGCCGCGUGCUUCCGCCCGAGUACCACGUUUUUCCGUGCAAGGCCGCGCUCUUCAACCUGGCGCAAUCUGGGGGGUUGAUGCGCUGGGAUCUGGCCAUGGCGCCCUUCUUUGGGAACAGCGUGGCCUGCCGCAUUGCCGAAGCACAUGAGAUCAAGCACAGCACGCUGGUGCUGGGAGACUGGCGUGCAGCACAAAGGAUAGAGUUCUGCAUCGGCCAGUGUGAGGAGGAUGUGGAGGGGGCGGCACGGCAGCAGGAUGGCACCAGCGGCGGUGCAGCCAGCACGGUCGGUGGUGAUGCCACCGGAGGCCAGCGGUCAGUUGUGUCCGGCCCAGGCGGCUUCAAGGCCCUGGCAGUGUGCGAGUGGAUGGACAAGGAGAAGGCCGACUGUUCUGCCAUCAUCCUGUGUGGUGAUUUGAAUUCGCCGCCGCAUGAGGCCGUUCACUCGGUGCUGCGCCGGCUGGGCUAUGUGUCGGCGUAUGCGGCGCGGCACGGGCGUGAGCCACAGGCAGGUGGCGCUGCCUCAUUCUCAGGCACUUGGCCCACAGGCAUUGAGGCGCCGCUCAGGGACACGGGCGACUUUGAUUGCCUUGAUUAUGUGUAUGUGUGGACGGCGCCGAAUCACACUGUACGUGUGCUGGAUGCGGAGGUGUAUGGCCUGGAGCCGGCAGAGCACGACGCCACUCUGUUUCCAUCCGACCACGCCGCCGUGAAGGCCACCAUUCAACUGGGCAUUCUGGGUUGGGCCUCCAUCCACAGCGGUGCGCUGUUUGGCGGCAUCGGGGGCGCCAUGCGGUGA